AUAUCUGUCCAAGUUGAACGCUAACGACGACGAUCAUCCUCCCUUUUCUAAACCCGACACCUCUUUCCAGCGUCAUUACUAAAUUCAUGGAGAUCUGCGAAUUUCCGUCCUUGAAAAGGAAUCCGAUGGAUUCUGAGUUCUAUAUGAAGCAAAACUGCCCAGUUUUCAGGCGCGGCACCGUGGCUUCGAGCGUCAAAUGGGGGGUCUUCUUCACUUGCUCGUCACCUCAUUUCUACUCUACUUUUCAAGGGCUGAGGCGACGAGUGCGGUCGGGGUGAACUAUGGCCAACUAGGCAACAACCUCCCAUUGCCGCCUGACGCUGUCCGGCUUAUCAAGAGCCGACUCAGCGCCGGGAGCGUCAAGCUCUACGAUGCCAACCCCCAGAUCCUCCGAGCCCUCAGUAACACGGGCCUAGAGGUAUGCACCAUGGUCCCCAACGAGCUGAUUGCCAACAUCUCGGCCGACCAAGCCCUCGCGGACCGUUGGGUCGGGUCCAACAUCGUACCCUUUUACCCGGUCACCAGGAUCCGACACGUUCUCGUCGGCAACGAGAUCCUCAGCGACCCCAACAAUAGGUGGUUCUGGCUCAAGCUUGUCUCCGCCAUGAGAAGAGUCCAAAAGGCACUAAAAAAGAAUCAAAUUCGGAACGUGAAAGUCGGUACCUCGAUGGCCAUCGAUACGCUCGAGCUUUCCUCGGUGUACCCGCCUUCCAACGGGUCGUUUAGGUCCGACAUCUCGGGUUCGGUCAUGAAGCCCAUGUUGCAGUUCUUGAGCGAGACCAAGUCGUAUCUCUAUUUCGAUCCGUAUCCUUAUUUCCACUGGGCCAAGGACCCGGAAAAGAUCAAUCUUGAUUAUGCAUUGCUUGAAUCCAAGAGCAUCAGGUAUACAGAUCCGGGUACGGGUCUGGUUUACACGAAUCUUUUCGACCAAAUGGUAGAUUCAAUGGUCUUCGCUAUGGAAAAACUCGGGUACCCCAACAUCCGGAUCCUGAUGGCCGAGACGGGCUGGCCCAGUUCCGGAGAUUACGACCAGAUCGGGGCGAAUAUCUACAACGCCGCCACUUACAAUCGCAAUUUAGUCAAGAAGCUCAAAGCCAGACCGCCCGUGGGGACUCCAGCCCGACCAGGGCAGGCCAUGCAAGGAUUCAUCUUCGCUCUUUUCAAUGAGAACCAAAAACCAGGCCCUACCACGGAGCGGCAUUUCGGGUUGCUGUACCCGAACGGGUCCAGGGUCUACGAGAUCGACCUGAGUGGGAAGGCGCCGUCAUCAGGUUAUGAGCUGUUGCCGGCACCGACGAACAAUAAGCCGUACAAAGGGCGCAUAUGGUGCGUGGUGGCGCCAGGAUCCAACAAUAGGACGGCACUUGAGGCAGCCUUAACGCACAGUUGCUCGCAGGGGAACGGGACUUGUGAGGCGAUCCGACCAGGCAAGGCGUGUCAUGAGCCGGAUUCGGUGCUGUCGCACGUGAGUUACGGGUUCAGUUCGUACUGGGCACAGUUCAGGAAGUCCGGCGCGAGCUGUUUCUUCAAUGGGCUCGCCACUCAAACCAUCAAAGAUCCAAGCCAUGGAUCUUGCAAGUUUCCCAGCGUUACACUCUGAAGACGACCCACGUGGAGGCUCUGUACUGUACUGAUCGUUGGCUUCAACCUCAUCAUAAGACUCGAAAGGGAUUCUUCUUCUGAAGCCAUCUGGGCAGUCCCUCUUUACUUUGUUCUAAUCUUUUUCAUCAGCC